GUUCACAGCCGGCGCAUUUAAAGCAGCCGAAGCCAAAGAGGCUGAGAAUGUCGUUCUCUUGUCAAGUAUAAACGAUUUACGUUUUUAUAUCCUUAAUAUAGCUGUUAACAGUUUAUAUGAGGAGAACCCUUUCUAUUUUCGUCUACCAUAUUCUUCUAAUGGCGAAUAA